UUUAAAUAUUUUUGAAAAGCAAGGUAAUUCAUCAUGCUGAUAGUCAGAUAGGGGAUAAUGAGCCAUCAUGAAGUACGAGACUCUAUUUUUUCAGAAGGAGGACUAGGCAAGGACAAAUUAAGCGAACAGAUACGUCAAGAAAUCGUAUUGUUUAUGAAAAAUAAUUUUAACCAAUACUUACUCAAGGGAGCGAGGAUUUUAGAUGCAGAAUUAGCGCCAAGGUCUGAGUUUGAUAAUGUAAAAGAGCGCCUAGCCAACCAAGUCUCUCAGUCAAAUUCUAUAUUUAUGAUGGUUGAUAAAUGUGAAAGGUAUUGCCGUGACAUGGAUAAAGAGUUUCAAGAAUUAAGAGAUAGUUUCUCUAAAUAAAGCUGAUGUGCAAGAUAUUAUCGAAAUCAGAGACCAUUUAAGGUAAAUUUUGGCUAAAAUUAAAAGAAACUACACCCAUAUCGACCAACAUACUAUGUUAAGAGAGAGUUUGAAGAAGUAUGGACAAAUCGAUGAGUUGGAUUCUUUAAGAAACAAAAUUGAUCAAGUUGAGAAAUCAGUAAACCAAAAAGCAUUUCAAAGCGAUGUGGAUGAGCAAAUGCAAAAAUUUAGAACAGAUACCAACCACUCUCUUUCUGAGAAAGUAAAUUUUGUAAGUAUGCCUGGAUACUUUGAAAAGUAUGAUGAAGGAAUAAAGUACAAUACCAAAAAGUUCAUCGACCUUGACAGGAAGAUAAAAGAAUUAAAAUAGGGUUGAUGAUAACUUGAAGGUUCAAAUUGACGAAAAACUUGUCAAAAUUGAGUUCACCAACUUUCAGAAGGCAACGCAGAAGAAAUUCGAAGGAUGUAUCAGCUUCACCCAUCUAGAAGAUCACAGAGAUUAUGUUGACCCAAAAGUUGUUUCUUGCUGAACAAAAGUGUCUGACUUCAGGAAGGAAAUUGAUGAAGCAAAAGAAAUUAUUAAAAGAUUUGAUGAAGUCAUUUGUGAAAAAGCAAGCAAAUUCUCCGUUGAUGAUAUCACUCAUCGGCUCAAAUAAAUUUCUGACUAAGGAAGAAGUCAUUAAGAUCGAAGCAGAUUAUAAGAGAGAGUCAGAUUUGCUGAUUCAGGAGCUCAAAUCAAUGCGAAAAGAGUAUAUUGAGAUAAAGCGUGGCAUAAUUAAGGAAAACCUCAGCUUAUUGGAUAAAUCAUCUAAAGAUGUAGAGAAAAGAAUUAUUAACCAUUUGGGCGGAAAACCUUAUAGUACAUAUGAGAUUCAAGAAAUGCUCUCUCAUAAGGCUGACAAGACCAAAAUGAUAUUUUUGGAUGACUUAAAGGCAGACAAAGUUGAAUUAGAGAACUGAAAAUAUGUAUUCUCUCACAACAACUCUCAAAUGAUAAAUUUGGUUGCAAUUUUAAUUGAAUACUUACAACUAACUAUUCCGAAAUCAAAUAUUGCUGAAAAUACAUCCGUUUCAAGGAAGGGGAAUAUCUUGAAGAGAAUGUACAACUUGUUCCAAAAUAUUAACAAAAAUGAAGAUGUUUAUAAUCAAAGAAUGGGCAAGAUCUCCAAAACUGAGGAUGAGAGAUUAAAUUUAUCACAGAUAAAUGAGAAGAAUAAGACAAUUUUAAACUCAAUGAAUGAUUUUAUUGAUGUCCCUAUCGAUACAGAUUGCUCUCUUUUCAAUACGAGACAUCUUGCAACAGACACGUACACACCAGACUUGGCUUACCAAAUCUCAGAGAGCAGGAGAAGGAAGGCAAUUGGUCUAAAAAUGAAAUUUGACAAACUUUCAAAAAAGGCUAUGAAGGAAUUCAAACGAGCUAAAAGUAGAGGUCUUGGGAAAAGAGUUUCAAAAGGCAGAAACUUUUCUGCUUUAAACAAGUGAAUCAAGCAGAACCGGUCCACUGUCCUAGGAUCUUCCAUCGAAUCAGGGACUUUCAACUGGUUGUCCACCAAAAACAAGACUCAUGCAUUGUAGUGGAUUUUCA